UGCACAAUUCGUUUAUCCUCAGUGAUUAAACAAAAGUGCAUCAGUUGAGGUGAGAUCGCGCGUAAAUCUUGGGAAAUGACUCGAAGAAAAUCAUUUGAUCACCGUUAUCGAAGCGUUUCGAAAUUUCCGGAGAUAAUUCGCAAUCGGAGCGGCGCGGCCUCGCGCACACGUUCAUAGGCGAACAACUUCAAGCAAGUGAAACUGACGUAAGUGCGCGUGCACAGAAUAAACGUAGCCACUUUCACGUUAUUUUUUAUGCGUUUCUGUACGCGCCGCUCGUAUUAGGCCACGUCAAAAUUAAUUUCGUCGUUAGCCGUGGUGCGAUAUACACAUUUUCGAAUGAUCGAAUUUAUCCCGGGGAAAAAUGUGAAGAAUGUAUUGUAGCUGGCUACGUUGGUGCAUCGAGGCCGUUUGACAAGGCAGAUAGCACUCAGCUCAAGUACUAUUUUUAUUCCAGUUGUUUAACCUCAGUCGACACACUCGCUCGGAAAUGUCAUUCGAGGGGAAAUACAACGCGAAAAGUCCCGGUGAGUUCACGAAACCGAUCUUUUUCUGCUUUUCGAUUCGUCCGUUCGUCGUUGCGCUCGCGAUUUACAUCGGACAACAUACGUUCCAUACGUAUUUCUAUGAUUCUACGAAAUCAUUUGUUAUCUAUGAGAAUUGACUCUGCGUUAUCUAUUCAUAUGUAACGCUCUUGCAAUAAGUAUAUUCUUUAGAAUAGUACCAUACGCAGUAUUACAUAGCAUUAUCUUUGCGUUAGCUAACAAAUGAAAUUUCAGCCGUGAAGAGACUGAUGAGAGAGGCUCAGGAGCUCUACGAAGCUACGGAAGAAUAUUGUGCAUCUCCUUUAGAAGACAAUCUUUUUGAAUGGCAUUUCACUGUGCAAGGACCACCAUCCACAGACUUCGAAGGCGGUGUUUACCAUGGCAGAAUUUUAUUACCACCAGAAUACCCUAUGAAACCACCAAACAUAAUAUUGUUAACACCCAAUGGACGUUUUGAAACCAACAAAAAGAUUUGCCUAAGCAUUUCUGGUCAUCAUCCGGAAACAUGGCAACCUUCGUGGAGUAUCAGAACAGCUUUAUUGGCUUUAAUUGCUUUUAUGCCAACACCAGGAAAUGGGACAAUUGGUUCUUUAGAUUAUAGUAAAGAAGAAAGGCAGAAGCUUGCAAAAAAAUCACUAAACUGGCAAUGCGAUACUUGCGGGAAAGUUGUUGAUUUGUUGUCAAAGAAUACAGUCAAAAAACCUAUCACAGUAGAAGAGCAAACUAUGUUAAACACAAUAGCAUUAAAGGCUGACGAUUCACCCACAUCGUCUUAUUUAGUCAAUUCGGAUACUGUAUCGGAGAACCAACUGAGACAACGCGGUAUCGAGCCGAUUAUUAAUGAGACUCAAGAUCGACAGCAAUCUGAUAUCAUAGUAAAUCAACAAGUAGAAACGAUGUCAUCUUCAAACGAUUUAUUUUGGAGCAUUCUGAUCGCUUCCUUAGUAUCAGCGAUAAUUCUACUUGUUUUACGACGGCUAUUUCUUGUUUAAAUUAUUCUAAAUGUAACAAAACGUUAUGACUGUAAGUAUGUUAACAAAACGAAGUAAAUUUUAUACACAUUUUAUGGAACAUUUUUAAACUUAGAAGAUGUCAAAUUUAUACACGCUUAGAAAUAGUCAGAACUUCUCAUAGAAAUAAUAUGUGACAGAAAUUGCAUUGAAAUAUUCACUGUAGUAUACAUCUCUUUCUUUGUCCUUUUCUUAUAUUAAAAAUUAUAAAAUUAUAGAAACUAGUUAUUUUUGCGUAUAAACACGGCAAGAAUUAUAUAUUGUGUUUUUAGUUUGUUUUUUAAUUAGUAGCAUUUAGUUAUCUUUUAGAUGUCUUUUUAACUUUUUGAUAUACAAUAUAUACUUGCAAUGCAUAAUAAAAAGAGCUACAAAUUGCAUUUAACAUACAUACUUAGUUGAUAAUUUACACAUAUAUAUUUGUUUAGUUAUGUGUAAAUUAGAUCAAUGAUACACAAAUGUACUUUCAUCAAAAUCACACCGUAUUUGUACAAAAAAUUGAAAAAAAAAACACUUUUUAAAUCAAAUUUAUUCCACAAUAAAAUCAACAUCUUUUGUGAAAGUGAACUUUAAUUGCACGUCUGUGAAAUUAUAAUCGUGUAUUUUUUUCUUCUUGUUAUAUAGAUGUAGAUAACUCAUGUAUUAGAAUUGUAUAUAACUAAUAUAAAUUUAACAUAAGUUAAACUAUUACGUUGUAUUUCACGAAACUGUGCACAUAAAAAUCAAAAACAAAUACACCAGUUAUAAAAAAAUACUUAACUGCAGUACAAAUAUAAUACCAAUUAUUCUUUCUAUCUUUCUCAAUCCAAAAAUGUACUCCAUAUUACAGAAAUAAUAUAUAUGUAUAUUAUUCACAUAAUAUUAAACUAACGCAUGAUUAAACAUUAAUUUUAAAUGUAUGAAUAAUAUAUACCCAUAUGUACUUAAUCUUUGGUGCACUGUACAUUAUGACUGUUUUAAGUUUCAAGCAUCCGUUUAAAUUUAGAAUUUUUUAAAUUAUAAUUAUACAAAAAUAUUAUGGGACCAUACAAAACAUGGUUUCAUCAUAUUCCUGUGUAAUAGUUAAUUAAAGAGAAAUUAAAAAGGGUACUCGGGUGCAAAGUACAUCUGUCAUUUUUUGUUGCAUGUACAUAAAAAUAUAAUAAAGUAACUAUUUAUUAAAGCAUAUAAACAUAUUCAUUUUAACAUCUAUCAUAAUACAAUAAUUUUUCUUUUAAUUCAUUUUCACAUUCAAUUUUAUACUCGUUGGCCAGUUUUUAUAUGCUGAAGAAUUCAUAUUUCGAAUAGAAACACGAAAGAAAGUAUUUCUUGUGACGUUAUAAUACUAGAUUUGGAAAUGAUUCUUAAUUCGUCAUUGAUGAUAAAUAAAAUCUAUGCAACUUAUGCACUUCGUACUAUGCUAUACAAAAUUCCAUUUAAAUAAAGAAAAAUACUAAUGAUGCCGUUCUAUAACGGUUUUAUUACAUAUCUUUUUAAUUAUACCAAUAUUAAUAAUCGCAUUUUAGUACGCAGAAACGAUGCACAGUGUUAAUUUUUAAAUAUCGCAAACUCACAAUAAAGUGUGAACAGCUGUGCAUGAAAUAUAAACGAUAUCUAAUGCUAGGCGCAGAUAAAUAUAUUCUUAAAGCCAACAGUGAUAAAUUUUGUUUACAACUUCAAAACUCAUACAAUUAUAAAUUAGUCCUCCAUAUAUGAAACAUAUAUAUAAUGCUAUUCAAUACCUGGAGUCGAAAAAUAUCAAUUAAUCCUAGGACUAAAUAUAAAAUAGCCGGUCAAUUGAUGUUAUACAAUCAUAACUUAUAUAAAAUAAUCAUUUCAAUAUUAGCCUUUUAAUGAAAAGAUUUAAUACUGAAAAUAUUUUUGGUCCCUAUUAUGUUAAAGCACUUAAAAUUCUUAAAAUGCUUUUGAUAUGCACAUUCGCUAAAUAAAUAUUUGGCAAAUAAUAAGAAAUAAACCUUCCGACAAAAAUUUUAUAUAGCAUAAAAACGAGAGAAGACAAGUUAAGUUUGAGUUUGAUAUUCUUUGCCAAUAUUCAUUAUAUUAGAUUAGAAUCAUCAAAAUAUUAACUUUACUUAACUCUCAUUUAAAUAAUGUAUUCAUUUUAUUAACAUGGAAACAGAUUGUAAGCGCUUUAUAAUCUUCCUUUUUUAUCCUUUGAAGCACCUUUCCAUUUUCUUCCAUACUGAAUAAUAUGUAGUUUAUAUAAGUAUAUAUCAAUUAACGUAUAUAUUACUGCUAAACCACAUACAUUAUGCUCAACUAAUAUCUCUGUGCGUUUGUCAUGCAAUUUAAUAUAAAUCUUCACAAACUUUACUUCCUUUUGCUUUUUAUAUAUGUAUAAUACGUAUUCAAAACAUUUAAUUUCAAUUUUUGGAGUUCAAGAUAAAUUAUAAGAGAUAGAACCUAUAGAAUGCAUAAAUAGCCAUGGCACUGAAUUAUUAGUACACCGCAUCUUUGUCAUUUAACAUUUUCAUUAUCAUUAACGUUACUAUUUGCCCUAUUGCUGCAUACAUUUUGAUUCGCUCAUAAUGCAAAUUAUCAGCAAACUUAUGAUCUUUAAAAAUACGCAAUCGAAAAUUACAGCAUAUUAAUAAACUGUUAUAUUCUCUUUAUCUAUUGUAAGGCAGCCUACCUCAGUUUGAAAUUUAUUUAUUUAUCGAUAAUCGAUAAUCUAUCUAAAAUUGUAACCUAAUUAUCUCGUAAUAAUUUAAUUUCAGUAGAAACGUUUUUGUACAUCCAAAUAUAUAUCAACACUAAUAUUAUAUCAGUAUCUUAUCCUUUCUCGUUCUCCCUUUCUUUCUCAUUUUGAAUUUUACGGAGAUUUACAGAAUUUCAUUGUGACUAGAUUUUAUUCAGACUAUAUAGUAGCCUUUCUCGUAUAAAAUAUGGCUACUUAUAAGAUAUACUAAGCUUCAAAAGAAAAUCUCUUCGGAAAAAGCUGUUCAUGAUUUCACUGGCAAAAAAUAUAUUGCAUUGAUAGCACCUGAUACAUUUAAAAAUUUUUUUCCCUAUCUAAGUUAAAUAACGAAUAGCAAACUUUACAAACGUAGGAAAAUUUAUAUUAUUACAAUGAUGAUAUGUACUGUUUAACCAUUUGAAGCAAAACUGGCCAUUCAUAUAUACGUAUUUUCGUUAUAAUAUUUGAAUAAGAAAUUCAUCUUUUAUACAAAAUUUGGAACAAAUAAAAUAAUCCUUUUCAUGUCAUGUUUAUGCUUCAAAAGGUUACAGUAAUAUAUGUGUACACUAUGUGAUAGUACGUGUAUAAAAAAAAACGAGAUCAAUAUCCUUUAAUUAUAGCAAUCUAGUCUGAUAUAAAAAAGAAAAAGACAUCUUUGGUUUAAAAAUAAAUAAGUAACAUAAAAAUAUCAAAAUUAUAUUAAAAAAUUGAGUUUUUUUUGUUAAAAAUGUAAUAUGAAAAUUAUUUAUAGGAAGUUAUUGUCCUGUGGAAGUCGAGUGAAAUUAAAAUAAAAAUAUCUGGAUGUAAAACCAAUAUGGAGUAAAAAACUAAAAAAUACACACUGUAAAUAUUUUUAUGUUUUUUGGGGGGGGUCCAGGAGUCAAAUGAAACGUUUCUUUUUUUUUACAUAUGUAAAAUUCAUAUACAUAUGCAUAAUAUAAAAAAUUCUCAUCAUUGACAUUUUUUUAAUAAUAAAUUGUAAAGUAUCCCCAGGUAAUAUACCUUUUUUUAAAAUUCUAUGCGAAUUAUAUUAACUUAUACAUGUAUGUAUAUAUACCUUGAAACAAUAUAAAUAUAUCUUCAUAUUGUUUCAACAAUACAAAUAUUGAAACAAUAGAAUCUUCUUUUUCUUUUUUUUGUUUUCU